AUGACUAGCAGUGGUACAAACAAUACGAGCAGUCCCAAUAACGGGCAAUUACCUGCAUCUGGACUGCCAGCAAGUUGGUUCACAAAUCCCAUAUCGUCAAGGUCUAACACUGACCGGCAGCAAUACUCUCAAGAAUUCCGGGAGCGAGUUUCGAGGGUUACGCAAAGGGGGCAAACUUACAUAUCGCAGCUAAAUGAUCAGCAGAGUGGCAGAGAUUGGCCAAGAGGUAUUGUAGGACAUAAUGCCCGGUUUUUUCAGCAAGCUGCCACGUCAACGAGGGCAUCGGUGACGUUGCCAACAUCUUCUACAACUGACAACGGUGGUUUGGGUGUUGCGCGAAUGCACAACGGCCACACCCAUAAUAACGCUACUAUCACUCAUAAUAAUGCCGAAAACAGCAGUUUUUUACCAGCUUCUGUGGUUGAUGUAGAUAACGAUGUGGACCUGUUAGAAGAUGAGCAAAGCAUAUCAUUGCAACUACCCUCUGCCGAAGAGCGGCGGCUAUUUGAAGCUUUCCAAGCGGAGGCACGUUCUGUUUUUCGGAAGGCUAUAGACACUAUAGGGAAAAGAAAAGCCUUGUUAUUACAGUCAUUUGAGGCUGACAAUUUGAAGCUUCAACAGUUACAGUCUGGCCAGAUGCAGUGGAGUGGCGACACAAAUGAUCCAGAAUCUGAAAAUCGCUAUAUUAGCCGUUUGUCCAAGGUACAGCGAAUAAGGCUUCGUGCGGUAGAAAUGGAAACUUUAAACAUGCAACGAUUGAGAGGCAACUUUCAAGUAACUAUGCAACAGUUUAAGAUUGAAGUCCAGAGAUAUCUCAUAGCGAAAGCUCGAGGUGAAUAUUUGAGAAAUCCUGUUGAGUAUUUUAAACCUCAACUAAUGGACUGGGAUCCUCAUAAGAACUUGGGUAUUAAAAUUGCAUUGAUGGAAAAUCACAUGGAUGAAUCUGAUUGGGAUAGACUAAGACUGAUGGUGGAGUCUAAUAAUCAAUCUGAGAAUACCACUGAUCGACUAACACCACAGUUACAACAUCAACCCCUACAUCAGAGUGUCAUUCGUACUCCAUUUUCUAACGGCCAUACAAACAUAAAUGGUAACACGAAUGCCAACUCUAACAAUAACACUAGCGAGAACGACAAUAACAACUAUUUUUAUGCCGCGACCAACAACAAUCACACCCACAAUAGCAGAGUAAUUGCCGCAACAACCAGCAACAUCUGUGCCUCUGGCGCUAUUGUUGCCUCAUCAAAAUCUGUCUUUCCCUUAAAAGAGUUACCCCAAGAGAUCCUUUCCCUUGUAUUGGAAAUGGUCGGCCAAAAGACAGAUGUUGUAUUAUUAUUGACUGUGUGCAAGGCUUGGGCUGCUAUUAUUGUAAAACUUUUAUAUUACCGACCUCACAUUAACAAGAAACCCCAGCUCGACCUCUUUAUGAAUACUAUGAGGAAACCAGCUACAGAGUUAGUCUUCGAUUAUAGGUCAAUGAUUAAAAGAUUGAACUUUUCAUUUGUAGGAGACUAUAUGACUGAUUCACAGUUAUUACAUUUCGUUGGUUGUCCAAAUUUAGAAAGACUAACCUUAGUGUUUUGUAAACAGGUUACCACUAAAUCAAUUGCACAAGUGUUGAAAGGUUGCAAGUUUCUACAAAGUGUUGACAUAACAGGCAUUCGAGAGGUUGGUAACGAACUUUUCACCGUUUUGUCAACAGAUUGUAAACGAAUCCAAGGACUAUACGUUCCCCGCGCGGACUUGGUCUCAUGUGAUGCCAUUGAACAAUUUGUUGAGAACGCACCCAUGUUAAAGAGAGUCAAGAUAACUUUUAAUAAAAAUAUCACUAAUUCCCUGUUGGUGAAAAUGGCACGUUCAUGCCCACUACUCGUUGAGGUUGAUUUGACCUCUACCCCUCAGAUAAACAAUGAAAGCAUUGUAACUCUAAUGACUGAGUUACCUCAAUUACGCGAGUUCAGAUUAACGCAAAACAUGCUAUUAAGUGAUUCUUUUGCUACGCAAUUGUCAUUAAACGUUACUAGUUUACCAGCGUUAAGACUCGUUGAUUUAUCCGCAUGUGAAAGUAUUACUGAUAAGACUGUUGCUAAAUUAGUACAAUUGGCGCCUAAGUUGAGAAAUGUAUACUUGGGUAAGUGCAGCAGGAUCACUGAUAAUUCCUUAAUUGCCUUAUCGAAAUUGGGUAAAAAUUUACAAACGGUUCAUUUUGGCCAUUGUUUUAACAUUACUGAUGAUGGUGUCAAAGUUUUAAUACAAAAUUGCCCAAGAAUUCAAUAUGUCGAUUUUGCUUGUUGUACCAAUUUAACUAACCACACCCUAUACGAAUUGGGGGAUUUGACUAAACUAAAAAGAAUAGGUCUCGUUAAAUGUUCUCAAAUGACUGACGAAGGGUUAUUAAACAUGAUUGCCUUACGUGGUAGAAACGACACUUUAGAAAGAGUCCAUUUAUCCUACUGUACUAAUUUGACAAUCUAUCCAAUUUACGAAUUGGUAAUGGCAUGCCCUAAGCUUUCUCAUUUGUCGUUAACAGCAGUACCAUCUUUUCUCAGACCAGAUAUCACACAGUUUUGCAGACCACCGCCAAGUGAGUUUACAGUCAACCAACGUCAAAUUUUUUGUGUCUUUUCUGGAAAAGGUGUUCAAAAGCUUCGUCAUCAUUUAAUGAGCAUGACAAGACCAACAGAUGGCCCAACUACAAAGGUAAGGAAGAUACUAAUAGAAUUUUUAAUCGCUAGAGGUCUAUUUAGACCUAAUGAAUCUGAAGAAGAGGCACUAAAAAGAAUUGCUGAUGAAAUAAACCAAGAAAGCGCAGCAUUGAUGACAGCCUCAAGUAUGUUUAACGCAGCGAACGAACCAUUUCAAAAUAUAAAUUUUGAGAGGAUAGAUGACCUGCUUACCUUUAUAAGAAGAGUUCCACAGGAUGAUUCUGUUACUGGUGAAGAUGUCUCUGAACUCAUGCCGUUAAUUGAUGAGUCUUUUUGUGAAGAACCAUUCAGAACAGAAUGGCGUGACCAUGAUGGGAUAGUGGCUCCUCGUGCUUCUAAUGAUUUAAACAGUGAGUUAGCAGAUAUUGUAAGGAAGUUCCAUGCAUUGAACGAUCGCAUCGCCGAUUUUGAGGUAAAUGUUUCCAGUAUCAUAAGAAUUCAAUUUCAAUACACGGGUUCCAUGUUAGCUGAAAUGUCACAUAUUUAUAUGUUACUUGUAGACUUGAACCGCACCAUAUGUGAUAUUCAGAAAAGAAUAUAUGAGAUUAAUAAUCUUCGUGAUGUCAAAGCUAUCACUAUCUGGAGGAUGCUAUGGACUCCGCGGUUUGAAGAAAUGUUAAAAAAAUAUAAAUUGGAUACUGUUGUUUUAAGGUUAUAUCUUAAAAACAAUGUGGCCGUUUUGACAAGGCAGAGGGAAGUUGCGCUUCUGAGAGCUCGUACCUUAUGGGAUAAUGAACAAGCUGCGAUGGUGCAAGGGAACGGGCUUACGAUUGCAGGAGCAACCGCUGCAGAACAGUCUGCAGCUGCUCGUCAAUUGUUUCCGCAAUUUCAAAUUCCUGUUUUUCGACCAACGCAAGAUGGCCCACCUCCGGAACAGGAUGACGACGAAGUAUUAGAGGAGUCAUAA